GUCUCCUCCUCCCGCACGCUCGGCGGCCGCCCCGGCUUCAUGCGCCCGCCGAUCCCCGGCGCCCGGGCCGCCCGCAGCCCCUAACCUUUGCCCGUCCUCACCAUGGCCGAGUCAGCCUCGGGCGCCGGGGGCUCGUCGCUGGAAGCGGAGCGAGGCAAGCGGCCGCCGCCCGAGGGCGAGCCCGCAACCCCCGCGUCUGGAGUGUUGGAUAAGCUGUUCGGGAAGCGGCUUCUGCAGGCGGGGCGCUACCUGGUGUCCCACAAAGCCUGGAUGAAGACGGUGCCCACGGAGAACUGCGACGUGCUGAUGACCUUCCCAGACUCCACCGACGACCACACGCUGCUCUGGCUGCUGAACCACAUCCGCGUGGGCAUCCCCGAGCUCAUCGUGCAAGUCCGCCACCACCGCCACACGCGUGCCUAUGCCUUCUUCGUCACCGCCACCUACGAGAGCCUGCUCCGAGGGGCGGACGAGCUGGGCCUGCGCAAGGCCGUCAAGGCCGAGUUCGGAGGAGGCACGCGGGGCUUCUCCUGCGACGAGGACUUCAUUUAUGAGAAUGUGGAGAGUGAGCUGCGCUUCUUCACCUCCCAGGAACGCCAGAGCAUCAUCCGCUUCUGGCUGCAGAACCUGCGAGCCAAGCAAGGCGAGGCGUUGCACAACGUGCGCUUCCUGGAGGACCAGCCAAUCAUCCCGGAGCUGGCUGCCCGUGGGAUCAUCCAGCAGGUCUUCCCUGUCCACGAGCAGCGCAUCCUCAACCGCCUCAUGAAGUCAUGGGUGCAGGCUGUGUGUGAAAACCAGCCUUUAGAUGAUAUCUGUGAUUACUUUGGUGUGAAGAUUGCCAUGUAUUUUGCGUGGCUGGGCUUCUACACUUCAGCAAUGGUGUACCCGGCGGUCUUUGGCUCUGUCUUGUACACGUUUACAGAGGCCGACCAGACAAGCCGGGAUGUGUCCUGUGUGGUCUUUGCUCUCUUCAACGUGAUCUGGUCAACACUGUUCUUGGAGGAGUGGAAACGGAGGGGGGCGGAGCUGGCCUACAAGUGGGGGACCCUAGACUCUCCUGGAGAAGCUGUGGAGGAGCCUCGUCCUCAGUUCAGGGGUGUGCGCCGCAUCAGCCCCGUGACGCGGGCAGAGGAGUUCUACUACCCACCCUGGAAGCGGCUGCUCUUCCAGCUGCUCGUGAGCCUACCCUUGUGCCUGGCCUGCCUGGCCUGCGUCUUCCUGCUCAUGCUCGGAUGCUUCCAGCUGCAGGAGCUGGUGCUGAGCAUGAAGGGGCUGCCCCGCCUUGCCCGAUUCCUGCCCAAGGUUGUGUUGGCCCUGCUGGUCAGUGUGAGUGCCGAGGGUUAUAAGAAGCUGGCCAUCUGGCUCAACGACAUGGAGAAUUACCGGCUAGAGAGCGCCUACGAGAAGCAUCUCAUCAUCAAGGUUGUCCUGUUCCAGUUUGUCAACUCCUACCUGAGCCUCUUCUACAUUGGCUUCUACCUCAAGGACAUGGAGCGCCUGAAAGAGAUGCUGGCCACACUGCUGAUCACCCGCCAGUUCCUCCAGAACGUGCGUGAGGUCCUGCAGCCGCACCUCUACCGCCGGCUGGGCUGUGGCGAGCUGGGACUCAGGGCUGUCUGGGAGCUCCUCCGAGCCGUGCUUGGCCUCCUGAGCCUCCGGCGCCCAGCACACCACCGCCUGGAGCCCCAAGCCGAAGAGGGCGGUGGCGGGGGCCGCAGGUGUCUCAGUGGGGGCUGUGGGGCGCCGGAGGAGGAGGAAGAGGCGGUCAUAGAGCGGAGGCCAGUGGGAGAAGGUGGGGAGGCCAGGGAUGGGCCUGGAGGUGGCAAGGAAGAGGAGGAGGAGGAUGACGAAGAGGAAGAGGAGGAGGAGGAUGAAGACGAGGGUGAGGAAGGGGGCCUCCUAGACUGCGGACUCCGGCUGAAGAAGGUCAGCUUUGCUGAGCGUGGGGCUGGCCGCCAUCGGCCUGGCCCAAGCCCAGAAGCCCUGGAGGAGGGGAGCCCCACCAUGGUGGAGAAGGGGCUGGAGCCAGGCGUGUUUACACUGGCAGAGGAAGACGACGAGACGGAGGGGCCUCCUGGCAGCCCUGACCAAGAUCCCCCGACCAUCCUGCUUCGCCGGGCUGGGGGCGAGGGCCGGGAUCAGGGGCCAGACGGGGGCCCAGACCUGGAACCUGGCUCUGGGGACUCUGCCGGGAGGCCCAGGAAGCAGAACCGGUCUUCAUGGAUUGACCCUCCCGAAGAAGAGCACUCACCCCAGCUCACCCAGGCCGAGCUGGAGAGCUGCAUGAGGAAGUACGAGGACACAUUUCAGGACUACCAGGAGAUGUUUGUGCAGUUUGGCUACGUCGUGCUCUUCUCCUCAGCCUUCCCGCUGGCUGCGCUGUGUGCCCUGGUUAACAACCUCAUUGAGAUCCGAAGCGAUGCCUUCAAGCUCUGCACAGGCCUGCAGCGGCCCUUCGGCCAGCGGGUGGAGAGCAUCGGCCAGUGGCAGAAGGUGAUGGAGGCCAUGGGCGUGCUGGCCAUCGUGGUGAACUGCUACCUCAUCGGCCAGUGCGGUCAGCUGCAGCGCCUCUUCCCCUGGCUGAGCCCGGAGGCGGCCAUUGUGUCCGUGGUGGUGCUCGAGCACUUCGCUCUGCUCCUCAAGUACCUCAUCCACGUGGCUAUCCCCGACAUCCCAGGCUGGGUGGCUGAAGAGAUGGCCAAGCUCGAAUACCAGCGGCGGGAGGCCUUCAAGCGGCACGAGCGCCAGGCCCAGCACCAUUUCCAGCAGCAGCAGCGGCGGCGGCGGGAGGAGGAGGAGCGCCAGCGGCACGCGGAGCACCACGCCCGGCGGGAGCGCGAGGCCGGGGGCCGCGAGGAGGCGCGGGCUGAGGGCACGGGGCCCGAGGCGGCCGCGGACCGGGGUGCGGCCAAGGCCAAGGGCGGCGGCGCGGGGUCCGAGCGCCCCAAGCGCCCGGGGUCGCUGCUGGCGCCCAACAACGUCCUGAAGCUGAAGCAGAUCAUCCCGCUGCAGGGCAGGUUCCUGUCGGCGGGGCCCGCGGCGCUGGCGGGCGCGGGCCCGGGGCCGGGGCCCGGCGCCAGGCCGCCCCCCGCGCAGUCGCCUCCGGGCGGUGGCGGCGACACGCGCCUGCCCGGCUUCCUCAGCUUCCGCUUCCUCAAGGCCCCCGAGGCGCGGCGCGAGGAGCGCAGCCACUCCCCGCCCAAGGCCUUCCACGCCGCCAAGCUCUUCCCGUUCGCGCCCCGCGCCGCCGAGCCCAACGGGGCGGGCGGCCCGGCGCGGCCGGACGCGGCCCCCGGCGGCGGUGGCGGCGGCCGGGUCCCGAGGAGCGGCGCCCCGGACGAGGCCUCGGCGGAGGAGCCCGACGCCGCCCGGGCCGACGAGGAAGGCCCAGGUCACAGGCUUUAACUCGGGGGCGGGGGCGCCGCGGGCCGGGCCUGGGGAAGCGGGGGGCCCGGCGGCGCCGGGGCUCGGUCUCCGGCCCCCCCGGCCCUGUGCCUGACCCUCCCCAGCCCCCCGGGGAGGGACCGGCGCCCUUGGGGCGCCCACCCACUAAGGUGCCAGGACAGGUGAGGGAGCCCUCGGCCACCUGCCCGCCUCGCGGGGCCGCGCCCCCGGGCCGCUAUGCAAUCCGUUCAGGGAGGCCUUGGGGGCCGCCGCCCCGCACCCGCGCCCCUUCCCGGGGCGCCCCUUCCCGGGGGGCACCAGAGGUCGCAUCUGCAGUUCAGGGGUCAUGGGUCAGAGGUCCUCCCCCCGCUGGGGAGGGCCGGUUCCCAGAGGCAGGGCGCCCCUAGACGCCCCAGGGAGAAGCAAUAAGGCCCUCGGCGUGCCCGGAGGCCGGGAGGGCACGGGGGUCCGGCGCGGGGCCUGCGGGGCAGCGCGGCCCCCGGAACGGCCCCUCUC